AUGAAUUACAGAUCCAUUUGUAUCUUUGUUGUGUGUGUUGUGAGCGCUUUAAUCGGCGUCUCUUUGAGUGAACCCCAGAAUCAAAGCAAAGCCAAGAAUACCAGAAGAAACCCAAAGAAUAGAUCUCCUCUAAGACGCGAUGGAGUGGUUCCCGAUAUCAUUGAUUCCGUGCCAAAGGAUAAGAUUACGGUGAAGUAUUCGUCAGGACUUGAAGUGAAGUUCGGCAAUGAGUUGACACCGACUCAAGUGAAGACCAAACCGGUAGUGGACUGGCCCGCAGAUAACAGCUCCUACUACACACUCGUGAUGACAGAUCCCGACGCUCCCAGUCGUGAAGAUCCCAUUUUUGGUCAAUAUAAGCACUGGUUGGUCAUCAAUAUUCCCGGCAAUGAUGUGGCAAAGGGUCGCACAUUAGCUAAGUAUAAGGGUUCGGGACCACCGCAGGGCACUGGACUUCAUAGAUACAUAUUUUUAGUGUACAAACAGCCAGAGAUUAUUAACUCAACUGAGGCGACAGUGGCCAGUAAUUCACUAACUGGUCGUCCAUUGUUUAAAGUACGCGAAUUCGCGAAGAAAAACAAUUUGGGUGAACCCGCGGCCGUCAACUAUUUUCAGGCUAAGUUUGAUGGCACUCUCGGCUGA